ACUCCAAGUUCCGCAGAAGAUCCGUCAGCUUUGAAGAUGAGAUGAGAUCCCCUACAGACUUGGUGAGCCCCCUACAUGACACUGGCAAGGAUUCUGUCUUGGGCGCCAGUUGUUGGAAUCAUUAUCCUCGCCUGCUGGGUCUACUACGUCUACGUGAUCGUCCUCUGUCUGCUCACUAUCGAGUACCUGAGUGAGAAGCUCGCCUACCUGUUUUUCUUUCACCCCAUCUUCUUCAUGGCUCUCUGGAGCUUCUACAGGAGUGUCACGACCAAACCCCUCCAGCCCCCACUUCAGUACGCGCUGGACGAGGCUGAAUGGACCCGCCUCACCCACAAUUACAACUGGAAACAUGAGACGAAGGAGGUCAUUGAACUCCGAAUUAAGCUUGGCUUAAAGACAACCCCAGUAGAUUCAGGUUACGGCCUACCCUCCUACUGCCACACGUGCAAGAACCUGAAGCCAGACCGCUGCCACCACUGCUCCAGAUGCCGGACCUGCGUGCUGAAGAUGGACCACCACUGCCCUUGGAUCAACAACUGCGUCGGUUACCAUAACUACAAGUACUUCCUCCUCUUCCUAGCCUACGUCAUGACACACAUUCUCUUCGUCUGCCUGACGUCAUUCCGUUUUAUCGUGGACACGUGCAUCAUGCUGCACGAGAAAGGUCUGGAGGCCGCACGUGACAUCAACCGUCUGCAGGUCUUCGCCAUGUUCUUCUUCUACGCGGCGGUGGGCCUGACCCUGAGUCCGCUCAUCAAGCUCCACCGUGACCUGCUCUACACCAACGUCACCACCCUGGAGAGCAGCCGGCCCGUGGGGCUGGUGGGGACUGUCCCCAACUACGAGACCUUUGACCUCGGCUGGAAAGAGAACUUGAAUCAGGUGUUUGGGGACAGGAAGUGGCUCAAGUUGCUACCCAUCUUCUCCAGUAAAGGGGACGGCCUGAGCUUCCCCAUCUUUAUGUGCACAGAAGUCACAGACAAGGAGUCGGUCAACAAACAGAGCAAUCCCGUGUGAAGGUCAAUUCACAAGGUCAAUCCUAGAAUACUUGGAUCACGAAAUUUUUCUUGUUUCUUAUUGCCAUAAACCAUGAUCAUAAACAUGCUGUUAAAAUUGUUUAUUUAUUGUCUGCUAAGGGGAGGUAAUAAUAAAAAAAACUUCUUAGAAUCGUUAUUUUUUAAAUUACCUCCCCUUAAUUUGAUGUUAUUUGUUAAAAGUUAAAAAAACAAAAUAACAAGCUCUUAAAAUGUACGUA